AUGCAGCAGUUCAAAAACAUCAAAAAUGAGUUGAUCAGAAGAGGAUACGGAAAAGAAGAAGAUUUGAAAUCACAAGUAGCCGUCCUCAUGAGCGUUGCUGAGAUGCUUAAUGGAGUCGAUCUGAAAUCGAAGUAUCCAGUGCAAUCUCAUCCUCAACCUCCAGUCUUGUCUCUUACUCCAGGACUCCCAGAUGUCAUUCCAGCCGGAGGCGUCCUUCCUUUCCAACCGGCUCCCAAGCUCAACUUCCCAAGGACUGUAAAUCCAUUCCAACAGAUGAUGCAGAUGAAUCUUCAAAAGCAGUUGCAGUAUCAACAGACUUUUCCGACAAUGAAAAAUCUUCUGAACACCGACCAGGUGACUCCAAAUGAAGAGGUGGAGGAGCCAUCUUCAUCUGCCAUUGCUCAACCAGCUGAGGAUUCAGAGGAGGAGGAACUGAAAUGCCUGACGGAAGAACGGAGAGCACAAGCGUUCAAAACGACGACGGAGAGUAUCAAACAGGAGUUGAUCCAAAAAGGAUACGGAAAAAGAGAAGAUCUCACAUCACAGCCUGCCGUCCUCAUGCGCGUGGCUGAGAUCCUUAACGGGGACGAUCUGAAGGCCAAGUUUCCAGUGCAACCUCGUCGGAAAUGUAAUGGUGGAAAGAUGCCAAGAGAAGAGGAAAAGAUGGCAAAAGCGACAAGAGAGCAAAUUAGAAGAAAUAAGAAGAACCAUGCUAUCCACUCUUUGAGGGAAUUUAUCAAGCGAAAAGAACUUGGAGAUGGAUCUGGUAUGGAGCAGCUCGACGUGGUGGAGACCAUUUUGGAACACAUUCGGACUCUUCCAGUUAAUGAGAAAGUCGACACACAGUUAGAGAAUGUGGAGGAUGCUCAAAUCUCGACGACCACAUCUCCCGGACUUCCAACACUCGUUCCGACACCUCCUCUCGUCGAUCAGGUUCCAGUGCAGCCACCAGUUCUCACUCCAGGACUUCCAAACAUCCUUCUUCCUGGAGCUCCUCUUCCUUUCCAACCAAUACCCUUGUUCAAAUUCCCAUUGCCACCAGCACAGUUUCCAAUGAUGCCAGUCAUGAUGAAUCCUGCGGCUAUUCAAAUACAUCAGCAGUAUCAACAGAUCCUACAAAACAUGAAGAAUCUUCAGAAGGAGGAGAAGGAGGCAUCGUCAUCUCUCAGUGCUCAACCAUCCGAAGUUCCAAUGGAAAGUGAGGAAGAAGAUGUGGAUAUUCUCAACUGA